AUGGCCAUGCUAUGGUGGAGACGCAAGGAAGCGGACAUAGGGAAGGGGACGUGCACCAUCAGCACGUGGGAGCAAUUCCGCGAGGAGUUCAAGAAAUCCUUCUUCCCUACCAACGUCAUAUACGAGGUUAAGCGUAAGUUCAGGGAGUUGAAGCAAACAGGAAGCAUACGGGCGUACGUAAAGGAGUUCACAACACUAACGCUUCAGAUUCCCAACCUCACGGACGAGGACAUGCUGUUCCACUUCAUGGACGGACUACAAAAUUGGGCCAAAACGGAGUUGGAGCGGCGGCAAGUCAAGACCAUAGACGAGGCCAUCACACAAGCCGAGUCCUUGACGGACUAUAAACAUGAACGGCAUGACAAGGCUAAAGGCAAGGAUGCAAGGGGCAGUCAUGCUAAAGGUGGGGGAGAUCGCGGCCGAGGCAAGGAGCAGCAGGCGCACCCAAGACAGCCCGACUCCCACAAAUCAGACGGCAAGCGGUUCGUGCGCCAGAACUACACAGAUAGGAAGGCGCAGACCACCAAAGGAGAUGGAUGCUACAUAUGCGGAGGACCACACGGCUACGCCAGGUGCCCGGAGAUGAAGAACCUUGGCGCC